UAUAAACUAAGAAUAAGAAUACAAUUAAAACUAAAUUAGUACAUUUUAAGAGGAAGAGCAUUAAGAGAAAGGAAAGGAUCUCCAGAGAAGUUCCCACUUAAGCAAGCAUACAAGUGGAUUCUAUCGGUUGCCAUGGCUACCUAAAGUGAAGUCCCAAAGCCCAAACACAUUGGUUUUCAGUGGAAGAAAACACAUGAAACAUGGACGUUCUAUCGCAUUACAACUCGCCGGUGGUCGAAUUUCCGGCUACCCAGCCGCUGGAGAAGCAAUAUGCGCUGGUCGACAACUGCACAGGCACUGAUCCGCCGCCUCCCAACCGGGACACCGCCACCGGAACACAGGAGAAACUGGACAUGGCAACUCAAACGGAGCAAUUAUUAAAAAUCAGCAGCAAAGACGUAGAGUACGAUGAACGGGCUCUGGCCAAGUGGUUGCGCCAGAUAUGCCCCAUAGUGGAGCGGGAACUGAUGAAUCCUACUCCGCUGAUGGAGGAUCUAACGAUGAGCCAAUGCCGGUUGGAGGAGGAACUGCAAGUGUUCACCUACCAGAAACUGGCCAUGGGCGGAGCGGAAAACUCACAGGGCCUGGCCAUCUGGCUGAGCGUGCACACCAACAAUGCUCCAGUCCUGGUGGCAACCACGGUGGCUCCCCACGACGACUGGUGCGAGCAUGUAGACCAACAGUUGAAGCUGUUCGUUCCCCAAAGGAUGUCCCAUGGAAACUAUGUGUUCUUUAAAGAAGCCAAGACCCUACCCUUGAAGUCCUGCCUACAAAGUCUCUGCACGAAUCCCUUCAACAAGAACAUGUUUGCCGGCUCUACGAUGGACGGAGAGCUCUUCGUCUGGCUGUAUGAGCAGGCUAGAGGCUCUGGUGGUGAUGGCAACGUGGACAUCAGGCAGCUUCACAGUUUGUCCUCUGCCCAAGGAGCGGCUGUGGCUCUGGACUGGCCCCGGGAAAACCUACUGAUGGCGUGCUAUGCCAACGGAAGUGUUCGCCGCUGGGACUUGACCAAACAGAUGUCUCUGGACUGGGAGUACUCUCUGCCCGCCUCGGUUACCUCGGAGCCCACAGCCAUGGUGGCCUUGGGGCUUGAUGACUUUGUGCUGGGCACCAACGAUGGUGGCAUUUAUAGGUGUUGGGGCACAGGGCGCCAAAUCCAACUGUUGGCCCUUAGACAGCAUCGGUUCAUGGUCUCUACUCUUAUACGCACGGAAAUGGAGGGAAACCCGUUUGUUCUUAGCUGCGAUCUCAGCGGCCAGGCCUUCUUUCACGAUCUGCGACUCACAGAUGAGGAUAUGGCGCAGGUGAUAGUGCAGAUACCUUUACCCUUUAAGAAUGUCAUCGCCUGCAGCCGGGAUGGCAACAUCAUCUACUGUCCUGCCAGCGAUGGAGCCCUCGAGUAUUACAGGGUGAGCGAUGGUGCCCAGGCUCAUGUCAAGGGAGCACUGCGCGGCAAAGGCAGUAUUAUCCGAAGCAGCGAUAAUGGCUGCUGGCUAAUCACAGGUCUCUAUGGCGACGAGUUCCAAAUCUUUUACGUGGAACGUUAAUAAGUCAUAUCGAAUAUAUUGAAAAUAUCAGGUUGUCAGUUUUUGAAAUAAU